AUGAUUCCUCUGAGCCGCUACCUGGCAUUAAUGUGUGUAUUGAGUAUCUGGACUAUAGCUGCAGGCUGUGGUGAUGGACAGGAUGAGGUGAAUGGGCGCUGCUGUGACCUCUGUCACCCAGGUACAUAUAUGAAGGGUUUUUGCUCAGAGAAGCCAUCUGUCUGUAUUCCCUGUGAAGAGGGCCACUUCUCGGACAAAUAUAACAUGUUUGACAGAUGUCAUGAAUGUCGGUCAUGCCAACAAGAUUAUGCUAAGAAAUGCACAACGACCACAGAUGCAAUCUGCUCGUGCCGCUCUGGUUUCUUGUGCUCCAACAAUGCCUGUUCAAAGUGUGAGGAAAACAAAUGCGUCACAGGGGAGAAACCGAACAGGACAGACAGUCGUGGGGUUAACAGGUUGAUAAAGUAUUCAUAUACGUGUGAGCCUCAGCCUUCAUGCCCUGAUAACUCAUAUUUUGAUGUGAAAGCGGAUGUCUGCAAGACGCACAGAGAAGGAAUAGACUCCAUUCAUCUGAUCCUUGGCAUCGGCUUUGUUUUGCUUUCUCUCACCCUCCUUAUGUUUCUAUCUCUUGCCUGUAUAAAGAACUUCAGGAAGCACAAAGCAUAUAAUACUCCUAUGGAAGUCUUAGCAGUCCCCACCAAAGCCAGUGACUUUCACCUGUCAAAGGAGGAAUGUGGGUUUGAGCUCAUCGUUCAGGAUGAAUCCAAGAACAGCAACAGUUUUGGCCCCCUGCAUCUGGAAGAAGUCGGCACUUGUUGA